CAGACUAGAAGUUCAGCAACGCAACCGCAGGUCGGAAAAUAUAUUGAAAACCUGCUUUGCCUUCCUAUGUGGUCGUGUGUUUCCAGGAGCGCAUCUCAUCGCUGUUCCUGCGUACCGGGUCCAAGGAUGAAACUAGAGGGUCUGAUCAUCUCCACUUUACUGGUAUUGUUAAAAAGUCACAGCUCUGCGGCAGUCACUGUGAGCACCAGUAAGCCCCAAGUUGAGGUUCGUGAGAAUGAAGAUGCUGUGCUGUCCUGCAUAUUUAAGACGGAGAAAGACGACCAUCCUCGCAUUGAGUGGAAGAGGAACGCCAAGGAAUUGUCUUUUGUCUAUUUUGGUGGACAAUUUAAAGGUAACUUGGCUGGGCGUGCAAAAAUCGAGGGAGCAACAGUGACCCUGUACAAGGCCACCCUGAAGGAUGCCGGGGUGUACCGCUGUGAAGUCAGCGCUCCUCUAGACUCAGUGACCCUGGGCGAGACCAACGUCACCCUGAAAGUGCUGGUGCCUCCCCACACCCCAUCCUGUGAGAUCCCCAGCAAUGUUGUGGCGGGGGCUGCGGUAGAGCUCCAUUGUAAGGACAAGCUGAGUUUCCCCCCAGCUACCUACAAGUGGUACAAGGACAACAAGCCACUGAGCACUGCAAAACUGCCCAACAUCAGCUACUCCAUGGAUACUCACUCUGGGACACUGCGUUUUAAGAGUGUGUCCCGGACAGACUCGGGACAGUACCGCUGUGAGUCCUCCAACGGAGUGGGGGCGCCAAAGAGCUGCGAGGCAAAACGCAUGAAGAUUGAUGAAGUGGACAUUAUUCUGGUGGCAGCCGCAGGGGGGGGGGCAUUCCUCGUCAUCUGUCUGUGUAUCCUGGGGAUCUGCUGUGCCUGUCGGAGGGGCUGCUGUAAAAAGGGCAAAAGGAGAGGCAACCGUAGCAGCCACAGCAGUCCUCCACGACAUCCUCGGGACUUCAAACACACCCAGUCGUUUAUGCUGUGAGGGGCCAGAGGCCAUGCCCCUAUCAACAUUUCUAUGGCAACACAGGACUGGACAGGGCCAUCAAACCAAUAACAGACUGACCAAGUGCAACUCAUUGGCCACAAGAGACAGUGCACUGCUUGAGUACGGGUAACUUCAAGGGACAAACAGCACAGUAUACCCCUUCUCCGCUGCUGUGAAGAACAACAAUGUAAUACUUCAGCCCCACCACCCCCCUCUAGUGGCCAAGCUAUCAAAUGCACACUCAAAUUUGAGCGUUCUUCCAACCCCACUACUAAGAAAUGUUUGACUACAGUACCAGCACUUUGUUUCUGUGUUCGGAAUGGGAGGGAACAGGCCACUGAAAGGGAAUU